AUGAGCUCAAUGAUGAGCCGAUGGCCCUCCUGUCUCUGCCUCCCCCGUCUUUGUACCCCACCUCUGGCGACCGCCGCUCAAAGGAGACCAGGACCAGGGUGUCAGGCCCACACAGGCCCGCGCAGGUUUCCACGAAUGCGGGCGUGGAGGGCGACUCGCCGUCCUGGUCGAUGUAGCAGCAGUCCGCCGCCAGCACCAGGUCGACCCCCGGGGGGGCCGCCAGGAGGCGUACCCCAUCCAUCCACCCCGGGGCGCCCCAGUGCAGGAUGCCGGCCUCGGCCCAGGCCUGGCCCUCAUGUGACGGCCUGUGUGUGUGGGAGGGGGGGCCCCAGGGUUGAGUGUGCUGGGAAUGUGACGGGCAUGAGCAGGGCGGGCUCUCAGGGCGGCAAGAUGUGGGACGAGCGGUCUCCAAACCCAAUGUACAAGCGCCUCCUCCCCAAGGGACAACUUUGCAGCAAUCCCAGCACUCCAUUCUCUUGCCACACACCGUGCCUCCGGGCCAAACCCAUUGGCGGCCAGGUUGUCCUUGAGCAGCGGGAGGACCUUGGCAAUGUCGGUGAUGGUCACCUGGGGUGA